AUGGCAACCAGAGGGCAACCAGAUGGCAACCAGAGGGCAACCAGAGGGCAACCAGAUGGCAACCAGAGGGCAACCAGAUGGCAACCAGAGGGCAACCAGAUGGCAACCAGAGGGCAACCAGAGGGCAACCAGAUGCCAACCAGAGGGCAACCAGAGGGCAACCAGAGGGCAACCAGAUGGCAACCAGAGGGCAACCAGAUGGCAACCAGAGGGCAACCAGAUGGCAACCAGAGGGCAACCAGAGGGCAACCAGAUGCCAACCAGAGGGCAACCAGAGGGCAACCAGAGGGCAACCAGAUGGCAACCAGAGGGCAACCAGAGGGCAACCAGAGGGCAGGCAGAGGGCAACCAGAGGGAAACCAGAGGGCAACCAGAGGGCAACCAGAGGGCAACCAGAUGGCAACCAGAGGGCAACCAGAGGGCAACCAGAUGGCAACCAGAGGGCAACCAGAGGGCAACCAGAGGGCAACCAGAUGGCAACCAGAGGGCAGGCAGAGGGCAACCAGAGGGCAACCAGAGGGCAACCAGAGGGAAACCAGAGGGCAGGCAGAGGGCAACCAGAGGGCAACCAGAGGGCAGGCAGAGGGCAACCAGAGGGCAACCAGAGGGCAACCAGAGGGCAAUCAGAGGGCAACCAGAUGGCAACCAGAUGGCAACCAGAGGGCAACCAGAUGGCAACCAGAGGGCAGGCAGAGGGCAACCAGAGGGCAACCAGAGGGCAUGCAGAGGGCAACCAGAGGGCAACCAGAGGGCAACCAGAUGGCAACCAGAGGGCAACCAGAGGGCAACCAGAGGGCAGGCAGAGGGCAACCAGAGGGAAACCAGAGGGCAACCAGAGGGCAACCAGAGGGCAGGCAGAGGGCAACCAGAGGGCAACCAGAGGGAAACCAGAGGGCAACCAGAGGGCAACCAGAUGGCAACCAGAGGGCAACCAGAGGGCAACCAGAGGGUUGUUGGGAUGGUUGA